AUGUCACGACUUAUGUUCAAGGCCCCCACUGAAGUUGUCAAGCUCUCCUAUUGGGGUUUUACAGUCUGGUGGUUCAUCAUCCCCGGCGUUCAUGUGGUCACUUGUGUCUACACUGCGUUGUACAGCUACUCCUAUUGGGUAUUAAUGGACACUUAUCUAAACAACUACCUCGAAACUUUCGAGAUCGGCAUGCCACCACCAUAUCAUCACACCAUUGCUAUUGUCCAUGCUGUACUGUCUGUAUUGCACGCGGUAGGUAUCUUGUUGAUGCUGAGUGGAUCGAUUUGGCAGCGGUCUCUUGCUUUUACUCCAUUCUCUACUUGUGAUGCUGGCGUCACAAGCGACGAAGUCAAGUCGAAUCGAACGAGCUCGGCCUUGCUUCAAAGCUUUACGAAAGUCUACACUAAAAUUUCAGAUCGUCACGGCUUGUUCGGAGUUAACGGGGUCCAUUUUCACGUGCUGCUCAUCGUUCGAGAAGUCAUUGAGACGGGAUUGCAAACCAUUCAAGCUUAUCGCAUGAGUGUGCUACUGCCAAGAACGCUGCUUAACCGAUUUUUCGUCAUUUUACUUGUGACAAAUUGCUGGUCUUCUGUUCUGGUUUACUCGGCCUUUUUCAAGGGUGACGAGGCUAGCAGGCGGUUUGCGUGUAUAGUUUUGGACUGUGUGCUCGAUCUAGUAUCCUGCAUGGGUGUGGAGCUGAUCAUUGUGUUGAGCUACGCAAAACAGUAUGAUCUCCAAAUGUGGGGAUUCUCAGAUUACUUAUGGCGCAAUGACGAGUGGGCAGCACGUGUACUAAAUGAAUUUCGGAUGGUCUUCGUGGUCUCCUGGUCUGAUCUGGCAAGUCGCGCCAUCUUUUCUAUUGGAUUAAUCCUAACGACAACAAAUAUGAAGGAGUUAUUGCAACGACUACCACGCCAGAAAAACCAAAUUGCGGAGUCGUCAAACCAAUUUGCAGAGUCAACUAGCUUGAGAACUAUUAAGGAGCAGAUCAAGGCGAUAACCGGUAAAAUGAGUGAGGUGGAGGAGAAGUGGUCAGAAUUCGAUAGCUCAACUGUCGUCCAACUACUCAUUCGCCACUGCCCAGCACUAGAGAUGCCACCUUCCAUAGGCAAAUUCAACGCGCUCCAUGGUAUUAAAGCGUACAACUCGACUAUUGCCGACUGGGGUGAAUCGGCAGCAUUCACUAGUGCGAACCACCCGAACAUUCUGUCGAUUUACCUCGUUCGCGUCAACAUGGCAGACGGUUUUAAUCUCGACCUCAAGUGGCCACGAAAAGCAGAGAUUUUGCUCGAGUACUGCCAGUUGACGAGCAUCCCUUCAGUACUAGUGAGGCUUGAGCCUAAAUACUUGGCUUUCACUGCCAAUCCGAUAACACAAGUUCCUGCAGAGGUUUUCGAGAUCCCAGGACUUCGAACUCUAGGACUUGGACAACUGAAUCUCAACGAACUACCGCGUCAUGUGACGAACCCCUCUCCAUCACUGAACAUGAUUUUUCUCGAUGGAACCAAUAUUUCCAUCUUCUGGCCGUGGAUGGACGAUAUCGUCACAAUGGAGACGUGGGGGCUCUUGGUACCGUCGCUCACUCCGUACUGCGUCGACCUCGAUCAAAACGGUGUAGCCAAUGCAUUCAGCACUUCUCCAUCCCCCGACUACGCUCCCAUUCUAAUGGAUCCAUCCCAAGCCAAUGUAUACCCAGUUUACUACGUUGUUUCCUGUGAUCCAAGCUGGUUGGGCACAUACUACUUUAUCGACCUCGACGACGAAAACAUGGCCAUCAGUCCUGCGCCUGCUUUAGUAAGACCGUAA